AUGUGCACGUUGGAGAAAAGAGGACCACUCUUCGUUCUAACCCUGACCAGCGAAGACGAUGAACAACACCGGCUCAACCCCACACUCCUCUCCUCCCUCCUCGCCGCCCUCUCCCAAGUCAAGUCCCAAGCCACCGCUGCCACCGCCCUCGUCACCACUGCGCAGGGCAGAUUCUUCUGCAACGGCUUCGACUUCAGCUGGGCGCGUGCCGCCGCUGACCCCCACGUUGCCCGCCUCCGCCUCCGCUGCAUGUCCGAUUCCCUCCGCCCCGUCAUCGCCGUGCUCCUUUCCCUCCCCAUUCCCACUGUCGCCGCCGUCACUGGCCACGCCGCCGCCGCAGGCGCCGUUCUCGCUCUCGCGCACGACUACGUCCUCAUGCGCGGCGACCGCGGCGUCCUCUACAUGCCGGAGUUGGACCUCGGCAUCACGCUCCCCGACUACUUCGCAGCCAUCAUGAGGGCGAAGGUCGCGGCGGCGCGUGACCUAGUGCUCGCGGGUAGAAAGGUGAGGGCAGAGGAGGCGGUGGAGAUGGGGAUUGUGCGGUCGGCGCACGAUAGCGCGGAGAGUACCGCGGAGGCUGCGAUGCGCCUGGGGGAGGAGUUGGCACGAAAGGAGUGGGUUGGGGAGGCUUACGCCGAAAUCAGGAGGAGUUUGUACCCUGAAGUGUGUGAUGUUUUGGGUUUAGCACCUAAAUCCUUUGUUUCCAAGAUUUGA